AACCCUCUUCUCUUCCUCUCCUCCUCCCACCCUUUUUUUUUCUUUAUAUAUUAAAACGUUUUUUUGUUCAUUCGCCCUUUCGCUGUUUUAUUUGGUUUUUGUUUAAUAGCUUAACUGACUCUCUGAAAUAUCGCGGAUCUUUGGUUUUCUACACGCAUUUUCGCUUUUAAUUAUAGCCUGAUUUUACUCGGAAGAUGAGGCUGGAGGAAGAGUUCUCUCAUUGCGACAACUACGACGAAGAGGAGGAACCCAAAACGAUGUCGCAAUGUUCCAUCGGAGCUUUACAACAACAACAACAGCAGCAAAAGUUUGUCGUUGUCGGUUAUGCCCUUACCUCUAAGAAAAUCAAGAGCUUUUUACAACCAAAGUUCGAAGGUUUAGCCAGGAAUAAGGGGAUAUUAUUUGUUGCAAUUGAUCAAAAUAGACCUCUCUCAGACCAGGGUCCUUUUGAUAUUGUAUUGCACAAGUUGACAGGAAAAGAAUGGCGCCAGAUUCUUGAGGAUUAUAGACAAACACAUCCAGAAGUCACAGUUCUAGAUCCUCCUGAUGCCAUACAACAUUUACACAAUCGCCAAUCGAUGCUACAAUGCGUUGCAGACAUGAAUUUAUCUACCUCCUAUGGAAGAGUUGGUGUUCCCAGGCAAUUAGUCAUUAAAAAGGAUGCAUCUUCUAUUGCUGAUGCUGUAGAUAAAGCUGGGUUGAUACUACCCCUUGUUGCAAAACCAUUGGUUGCUGAUGGAAGUGCAAAGUCACAUGAAUUGUCACUUGCUUAUGAUCAGUACUCCCUCCAGAAACUAGAACCUCCACUUGUUCUUCAGGAGUUUGUUAACCAUGGAGGUGUUCUCUUUAAGGUUUAUAUUGUUGGAGAAGCCAUUAAAGUGGUCAGGCGUUUCUCAUUACCUGAUGUAACUAAAAGAGAACUCUCUAAAGUUACGGGUGUUUUUCGGUUUCCACGGGUUUCCUGUGCUGCAGCUUCUGCAGAUGAUGCAGAUUUGGACCCUAGUGUGGCUGAACUUCCCCCUCGCCCUUUACUUGAAAGACUGGCCAAAGAGCUUAGGUGGCGACUGGGUCUUCGGCUAUUUAACCUAGACAUUAUCCGGGAGCAUGGAACUAGAGAUCAUUUUUAUGUGAUUGACAUAAAUUACUUUCCUGGGUAUGGGAAAAUGCCGGGGUAUGAACAUAUAUUUACAGACUUCCUCUUGAGCCUUGUGCAGAGUCGAUACAAGAAAAGAUCUAGCUAGAAACUUAAUGGAAGCCUAGGACACUCCAAAGCAUCAGAUGGUGUUGUUAAUAAUCAUAUGCAAGAUAUGAUGUGUUCGCGGUUGUUCCAUUACCCCUUUGUAUAGCAUCGAGCUGGUGGAGGGUGCAUAUCAAAGCACAAAAGAAGUCAAGCCUCCAAGUUAAGUAGUUUACAUGGAGCUGGUAGAGGAUUGUCCCCCCUACUACUACAUAGGUGUUAAAUGAUGUAAACAGCUCUUUGGAAAUCAGAUUUGUGGUGGCUCAAUUCUUUUCUUCUACUUUGUAUUUACCCUUUUGCUGUUGCAUGUAAACAUGUUGAUGGGUGGAGCUCUUUCUGCAACCAGCCAAUAACAUCAUCUGAUGUUUCGUCUUUUUAUUAAAUACACAUUGUUUUGUUCUUUCCAA